ACGCGCUUCGUGGCCGACGCUCAGGGCCGCAUUUCGGGACAGAGGCUGGCAGCCGACGAUGUUUCGUGCGCCCGCAAAGAAACAAACAUCGUCUUCGUAUCCCGCCACACCACCGCCGCUGCUUGGCGGGCCGUCUCUAAUCUGAUUAGCGCUUCUCUAAUCUAUUCAUUUUAAUACAUACCUAUUGAACUGGGCAACAACCAUCGUUCUUGCGUCACGGCUGCAGUGCGACGUGCAUGAAAGUUUGCAGCCGCCCCGUUCGCGGGCGAGCCUGAGAGCUCUUCAUAGCUGCCCUUGCUCCUACGACCUCCAACUUGCAAAUCUCCCAAGCCGACGGCAAAGUUUUUCUCGCCUCCCGCUCAGCCACCAAGCAUUCGACCUUCUACUCGUUCGCGAACCUACCUCCAGAGGCCCGCCUGUCGAGACGACCCUCUUCCGCCCAAGGCACCCGCUGCGAACUUGGCCGGCGAUACCAACCUUUGCAUCGACUGCAGCCUGCAUCACCUUGCGUCCCGAUCGAUUCUUCCGCGACUGCCCUCGACCUGAAGCGAUGCCAUUGUGAAGCGCAGGCGACCUAAGGCGCCUGACAGUCAUCCAACGCGCUUCGUCCGCCAUCCUCGGUGAUCGCUCAUCUCGCGCCCAAAAUGCCAGCCAUGACCGGAUCAGAGCCCUUGCUCGGGGAACAGAGCCAGGCCGCCGACACAUGGCAGCAGUUCGAUGUUGUGAACCAGCAAGUCGAGCUAGACAUCAACUUUCGCGACAAGGUCGUCAGCGGCGUGGUCAAGAUGACGAUAUUCGCGAUGCAGAACGAGAUAGAAUCCGUACGUAUCGAUGCGCGCCAGAUGGAAAUUGACACCAACAACGUUCUUGUGAAUGGCAACAAAGUCAAGGCCGUAUACCAUGACCCGUACGAACGGGUCGACAUCCCCGCCAACUUUGACUGGGAUGCCUCUCAGUUCCCCUACCAGAUGGCCCGCAUAGAACCUCUGCUUCCGCGCCAGGACCGCGAUGCUCCAGUUUCUGGCCGAGGCAUGCUGGGCUGCGCUCCCACAACCGGCUCUCUCGUUGUCAGCCUCCGUCCCGAGCAAGAACGGCAUCAACAAGGGGGGCCCAAGAAGGUCAAGAUUCUUGUCAACAGGUCGAGCGAGAAGCAGGUGUCUGCCGAGUACAACAUAGUGAUCCCCUUCCGGACGAGAGGAACGCGUGAUGGCUUCCACUUUGUUGGCGUCGACGAAACCGACACGAGGUACCCCCACUUCUACACCAUCCACUCGCUGGUACCAGGCCAAGCCUCGUGCAUAUUCCCCUGCAUCGACGACCCGGGGUCGAGGUCUUUCUGGACCGUGCGGGUCAAGACUCCUCGCACACUAGGCGACGCUCUGAGGCAACCGCUCUUGACACAACGAUCGUCGAGCAAGAAGGCCACCAACGACGCGGCUCGCUCGACCCUGUCGCUGACAGAAGAGGACAAACUUCUCGACAUGACUGUCAUCUGUGUUGGGAACCUGGUCGGGGAGGCGACAGACAAGAGCGACGAUUCGAAAAAGAUUAUGACUUUCGACAACUCGGGCCUGGAUGUCGCCGCUGGGCAUGUGGGAUUUGCUGUGGGACCUUUCCAGCACGUUGACCUGUGGUCUGACUUUCGGCCAGAGGACGACGACGAGAAGCUCGGUGAUUCUGCCAUCAAGAUCCACGGCUACUGCCUCCCCGGCCGCGAGGAAGAGGUCAGGUUUACGUGCGAGGCUAUGGCUGGAGCUGCCGAUUUCUACGCCGUUAAGUUCGGCAAGUACCCUUUCCAGCUUAGCUACAAGAUGUGCUUCGUGGACGACAUGGUGGCGGACACAGUCCCUCUCUAUUCUCUAUCCCUGUGCAGCAACCGGCUGCUCUACCCACCUGAUGUUAUCGACACCGAGGUCGAGGUGACCAGGAAACUGGCUCACGCGCUCGCCUGCCAAUACUUUGGCGUUCACAUCAUCCCAAAUACUCCGCUUGACACGUGGAUAACCAUCGGAGCCUCGCACUUUAUGGCCGACAUGUUCAUGCAAAUGCUGUGCGGGAACAACGACUAUCGGUUCCGCAUGAAGACCCGGGCGGAUCGACUGGUGGAGGAAGACGUUGGCAGGCUGCCGCUCGAUCAGCUGGGCAACUAUCUAUCUCUCGGGAGCUACCAGAUGGACUUCAUGGUCCUCAAGGCACCUCUGGUCCUGUUCAUCCUUGACAGGCGGCUGACGAAACGCGCCACACACAACGGGCUGCGGCGAGUUAUAUAUAAGAUCAUAACUAAGAGCAGGUCUUAUGCGGAGGAAUCCCGGAUCGUUAACUCCGACUCGUUUCGCAAGGCGUGCGAAAAGGUUGCUCACAACAGCUCCUCCCUCGAGCCCUUCUGGCAGCAGUGGGUUCAUUCUUCGGGGUGCGCGCGGUUCGAAAUGUCACAACGGUACAACAAGAAGCACUCCCGCGUGGACCUGACUGUUAGGCAGCCCGAGGACAAGGGAAGCAUCUCUCCGUUGCCGCUGCAGAAGGAGACUUUCUGGGGAGCGCUGCAGGACAGGCUCCAUGUGCCAGCCAGCAAAAAAGAAAACGUCAGCGUGUGGUUCACGGGGCCCAUCACCAUUGGCAUUCACGAGGCCAACGGCACCCCGUACGAGCACGUCGCCGAGAUACGCAGGACUGGGCCGAAGCAGUUCAAGACCAUUGAGAUGCCGUACAACACAAAGUACAAGCGCCUAAAACGUGUCAAGAGGCAGAAGGAGCGGGCAGCUGCUACUGCAGCACAUGCUGAAGGGGGUGGGGACAACGCUGAAGAGGCCGUGCUCUACUCCCUGGGCGAUGUGCUUCAGACGCCCGAAGACGUUGAGUUGUGGCAGUUCGCCGACUGGACUCCGGAACAAGAGAAAUCUAUGGAACACGAUUCGUUCGAGUGGCUCCGCCUCGAUGCUGACUUUGAGUGGAUCUGCUCAAUGAAGACCAACAUGCAGCCGUGGAUGUACGUCUCCCAGCUGCAACAGGAUAGGGACGUGGUCGCUCAACAAGAUUCCAUUCUAUACAUGUCACAGAAGGCAGGAGGAGAGAUCCUGGCGUCGGUUCUCGGUAGGACGCUCAUGGACACCCGGUACUUCCACGGCAUCCGCACCCAGGCCGUCAAGGCCCUCCAGAGGCAGACGUGGACCAAGGAAGUGGAGACGUACAACGCGGACACGCGAGUUACUCAAAAGUCCAAAAAGACGGACCUUGGAGGGCUGCGCAUCCUCAUGAUGGCCUUCAAGUCCUUCUUCUGCUACCCCGACACUCAGACGCCUCGGCCAAACGACUUCUCCAACAAGAUGCAGUACUUUGUGCAGCAGGCCAUUCCCGGAGCCAUCGCCCGUGUCCGGGACAAGGGCCGCUGCCCACCAGAGGCCCAGAGGUUCCUUCUAGAGCAGCUGCGGUUCAACAACAACGCCGAGAAUGAGUAUUCAGACCACUUUUACGUCUCGAGCCUCCUCGAUGCCCUCGCUACCAGCCUCGUGCCCGACACCGAGAGCCCUCCUCUUCCUCUUCGAGCCAACGAUCCCCAGAUCCAGGAAGACAAGGCAUUCCUGGAAGAGGCCUUGAUGGAGAUUGAGCGCUACCUUAGGAUGGAUGAGUGGACAAACUCGUACCAAAACAUCUGGACCACGACGGCCCUGGGAUGCAAGCAGAAGCUCAUGAAGGCUGGUGUAAUUCCCAUCUCGGCCAUCGACUUUGUUCAGUAUCUCCAGGAUGGGACCCUGGACCUGAUCCAGAUCAAGGCGUUCGAGGCCCUGGUGGACCUAGGAUUCCUUCUCCACAAGGGCGUGGUCCGCCUCCUGCUUGCCUUCAUGACGACUCACCACUCCCCGUUUGUGCGCGACCGCCUCUUCCAGGUGUUCUCGUGGGGCGUGGCCGCGCUGGCUUUUGGCGAGUAUGAAGACAUCAAGAAGCUGGGCGUUAGCCCCGCGGGCGAUGACGAUCAGGACGACGAUGUCCUUAUGAUGGAGAACGCCGACGCGAUCAUCGAGAAGAAGAAGGGCGAGGAGGCCCGGAGAUCCAACAUCGACAGGGCGCUGGCCGAGUUGAAGAAAGAAUUCGCCAAGGCCGAGAGCCAGGAUCUCCUGGUCGAGCUGUGGAAUGCGAUCUGCUCGCCCGUCAUCGGACUGAUCGAACAGUACAACUUGCUCGACAUGUGCAGGACGCUCUUUGACGCGGACUAUUCUUGCCGCGUCACUGUGCGACAUCCGACACAGUGGUCGGUGGGACGUGCAGACGGAGUCAAGCCCGGAUCGCGCCUCGAAUUCAAAGCCAUCUACCGUGAAAUAAAAAAACGACCCGAGUUGGCGCCAGCACCACCCGCAACAGCUUCCGCAGCCCCUGUGGGAGCUCUCCCCGGCCUGGCGGCGGUGGCGUUACCGUCGAAGGCGGCGGCGUCGCCCACGGUCAUCAGGGCGCCGGAGCCGAGUGUGGCCACCCCUAUGGAAGGCAUCGUCCAUACGCCUGCGCAACCGAAACCCGCCCUCGUGCAGAAGAAGUCCGGUGUCAAGAUCAAGUUGCCCCGACCUCGAGAGGUGCCCCAGCUGUCCACCUUGGCAUCUCCAUCGAUCAAGACCGAGGCUUCGUCUGCCCAGGUUCCGCCCGCCUUGGCACACAAGAAGGAGAAGGAGUCGAGCGCUUUGAUCCCUAAGAAGAAGGACCCGGCCAUUUCAACCCUUAAGAAGGAGAAGGAGUUGGCCGCUUCUGUCCACAAGAGGGAGAAGGAGCCGCCCGCUUCUGUGCGCAAGGAAAAGGAGUUGCCUGCUUUAGCGUUCAAGAAGGAGAAGGAGACGAGCUCCCGCGCAGGGACACCCCUUCCAUCGCACGCCGAUGGAUCCCGCACUCCCCUCUCCUCUGGCAGCAGCGCUAGCACCAACGGAGCGCUCAAGAAGACGAAGCCGAGCAUCAAGCGGAAGCAUGACGAUGCUGACAGCGAGUCACCGCGGCCGACGAAAACUCCGAGGCGCAUCCUGACAUUCCCCCGCAUCCCCAAUUACAUGGCCAGGUUGCGGCCGGAUACGCAAAAGGAGAUUCAAAAGCGGCUGACGCUGGAAGCCGUACGGAAGAUGAAGGCUUCAAGCUCGGCUUCAUUCAGCCGUCCUUCUUCGCCGGUCGAGAAGUCGGCCAGAGCGACGCCCCCGCAACGGAAGCCGCUGCCAUCGGGCGGCGGCUCUGCCUCGAGCCAGUCCUCCUCGGCGGCGCGACAGCACGGCUCCAACGGGUCUCAGAAGGUGCGGAAGCCGCUACCGUCAGGGGCGCCCGCCGGUACACCGCCAUCAGUGCUGCCACCACUGGCGCCUCAACACACGGCGCCCAGUCCUGCAUCGCCGUCUGUUGCCACCCCUACGGUGGCAAAGCCGAGGAUCAAGCUAAAAGUGAGCAGACCGAAACCUUGAAAUGGCUAGAUCAAGCGUGUCGGGUAUGACUAGGGAGCUCCUGUAAGGCGCCGGGGUGCUUGUUUGUAUAACGGGGUAUCGGUCCAAACGGACUUGGUUUUCAAAGCCUCAUCUUCUUUUUUCUUCUUUCUUCGGUUUAUGCACCACUCGGGACCGUUCUUGUUCCUUGACAUCGAGUUGAUGAGUAAAAGGUGGGAGGCAGGAGUGGUUGGCUUUGCUCUAAUGCGUAGGCGGGAUAGGCAUGCAUGGGAAUGGCGUGAGCGGUUUCUUUCGAGGCACCAGAAAGGAGAACGACAUGCCCAAAUUUGACGGUGCCCUGAGUUCUCAACAUCAUUAUUUUACCAUUACCCUCCUGCUUGUACAUACCAAUCACAACUACCAUGUACUACCUGUAUGUCCGUAAUAUGAGAACAACGCCGAUGCCAUUUACCAUCCAAGCCAUCAUUGAAGGAGUCGUGGCCACUAUGUGCCGGGUAGGUAGUUAUCCAGUCAUUACGUCAAAGCUAUCACGGUGUCUCCCAUCGACACAC